AUGUCUUCUCAUGCCCAGAGGCAUGGUCACCUCGACGCGACCGCAGGUCGUGAGGUAGUCUAUUGCCACGCCUGCGCCGGAGAAUGGUAUCGAGAUGAGAACGGACUAACUUGUCCCGAAUGUCACGGCGAGAUCACAGAGAUUAUCGAUCCCGCCAACGACCCCCGCGCCUUGGAUCACCGCUCCUCUGCCUCCACCUCACCCGAGCAUCACCCAUACGAUUCAGAUCCUGAAGAAGCCGACAUAGAUGAGCAUACCCAGCAUGGCUUUGUGUUCCGACGGAGCGUCCGAGACGGUCCGAACCAUACACAUCAUCACGAUCCCGCUACUGCGCCAACUUAUGAGCGCUUCUGGGAUAUGCUUAACGGAUUUGGACCUCGAGCACCCGGUGGCAACGGUUCUUUCCCACCGAGCCCAGGAGAACAUGAACAGUCCCAAGAACCAAACUUUGGACCGCGCAUUCACCGGACGACUUUCACGUCCGGGCCACUAGGCGGAACGACUUCUGUAACAAUCGUCUCGGGACCUAUCCAUGCAACAAGCCGUGGUCCCGCUGGUGCCCCAGGAGGCGAAACAUUUCAAGAUUUCUUUCAGAACAUGCUACGCGACAUUGUCCCGCCACCACCCGCUCAUAAUCAUGACGGCGAGGAAGGCGCCGGAGGUCCUCCACCCGGCCUGGCUCGAAGCCUGCAAGAUAUCCUGAAUCUCCUUAAUCCAGCAAAUGCAAUGCAUGGUGAUGCAGUGUACUCCCAAGAGGCUCUGGAUCGGAUCAUCACAGGACUCAUGGAGGCCAAUCCCCAGUCCAACGCCGCUCCUCCAGCUACAGAGGAAGCUCUUAAAAACCUGGAACGAAAACCUGUCGACAAACUAAUGUUGGGCUUGGAGGGAAAGGCAGAGUGUACCAUUUGCAUCGAUGAGAUGAAGGAGGGGGAUAUGGCCACAUUUUUACCUUGUAAUCACUGGUUUCACGAGGAGUGUGUCACCUUGUGGUUAAAGGAGCACAACACUUGCCCCAUCUGCCGAACGCCGAUCGAAAAGACCGAUCGCAGUGGCAACAAUAAUGGCGGCAAUGGAAACAACAAUAACAACAAUAAUAGCGGUGACGGCUCCCGAUCCCAAGGUCCAAUGCCAGGGCCUAACUCUGACCAACCGAAUCCGUUUGGAACUCGAGCGUCAUUCACGUUUACUCCCAAUCAGUGGACACCAUUCGACAACCCUCAUUCUCACACACGCCCGAUGCGGUUCUCGCGACCUCCAAGUCAGAGCCAGAGUCGCUUGAAUGAAGCGUUGCGUACUAUCUCGAACCGGCAACAAGAGAGAGAACGUGAACGUGAGCGUGAACGAGGCGAGACAUCGGGGUUUAGCUACGACACGUCUCGACUUCAGCGACGAAGCUCACACUCUCCAACAAGUCCUAGAGCGACUGCCCCGAGUGAACAUGGCGCUCGUAUGAGACAGAGAAGCCCUUCCCAGAGUAGUCGUCGGUCAGCGGCGGACUCGGAUCAGCAACGACGACAGAGCAGCCAUGGCCCCAUUAGCUGGCUCCGCGAUAGAUUUGGUGGAGGAGGGCCCGGUAACGGACCGCCACGAGAGGAAAGGCGACAGUAG